CCGUGAAGCGGUCAGUUUGAUUCAGGCGGUGAGCGGGGCAGCAGCUCCUCUCGCGCGGGGUCCUGCUGCAGUAACUGCGGGGCGGAAGUCAGUCACUCACACGCACGCAGGCGCGCGCGUUGCUGUUGUUUCUGUCGAUAAGCUGCUUUAAACUCUUUGUUUUUUGUUUGUGUGGAGGAAAGGCGUUUAUUUUCUCCUCUAUGGCUCCUACUAUACAGACGCAGGCGCAGCGCGAGGACGGACACCGAAGUUCAGCACACAGAAGCGUCCCAGAGAGGUCUGGAGUUGUGUGCAGAGUGAAAUAUGGAAACAGUCUUCCGGAUAUCCCGUUUGAUCCGAAGUUCAUCACAUAUCCGUUCGACCAGCACAGGUUUGUGCAGUAUAAAGCCACAUCACUAGAGAAGCAACACAAACAUGAGCUGCUCACCGAACCGGAUCUGGGCGUCACCAUCGACCUUAUCAACCCUGAUACAUACCGCAUCGACCCCAGCAUUUUGUUGGAUCCUGCUGAUGAGAAACUGCUGGAGGAGGAAAUCACGGCUCCGUCCAGCUCAAAGAGGUCGCAGCAGCAUGCGAAAGUGGUGCCGUGGAUGAGGAAGACGGAGUACAUCUCCACCGAGUUCAACAGAUACGGCGUCUCCAACGAGAAGGUGGAAGUCAAGAUCGGUGUGUCCGUGAAGCAGCAGUUCACAGAGGAGGAGAUCUACAAAGACAGAGACAGUCAGAUCGCUGCCAUUGAGAAAACCUUUGAAGACGCACAGAAAUCCAUUGCCCAGCAUUACAGCAAACCCAGAGUCACGCCUGUGGAGGUGCUGCCCGUCUUCCCAGACUUCAAGAUGUGGAUUAAUCCGUGCGCUCAAGUCAUCUUUGAUUCAGAUCCAGCACCUAAAGAUGUUUCUGCUCCAGCGGGAGUGGACAUGAUGUCACAGGCCAUGAUCAGGGGUAUGAUGGACGAGGAGGGGAAUCAGUUUGUGGCUUACUUCCUUCCCAACGAGGACACGAUGCGCAAACGCAAGAGAGACGUGGAGGAGGAUCUGGAGUACAUGCCUGAUGAAGUAUACGAUUAUAAAAUCGCUCGCGAGUACAACUGGAACGUGAAGAACAAGGCCAGUAAAGGAUACGAGGAGAACUACUUCUUCAUCUUCAGAGACGGAGACGGUGUUUAUUACAACGAGCUGGAGACCAGGGUGCGUCUGAGCAAACGGCGAGCGAAGGUUGGUGCUCAGUCGUCCACAAACGCUGUGCUGGUGUGCAAACACAGAGACAUGAACGAGAAAGAGCUGGAGGCUCAGGAGGCUCGCAAGGCUCAGCUGGAGAACCACGAGCCAGAGGAUGAAGAGGAGGAGCUGGACCUGGAGAAAGACAUGCAGGACUCUGGCGAGGAGCGAGAGAAGGCUAGCGACUCCGACAACUCAGAGAGCGAGUCUGAGCGUGAGGAUGAGGAGCGGCCGGCUGACGAAGACGAGGAGGAGGACGAGGAGGGCCGCAAGCGGCGCGAGAGGAAAAGCAGCGGCAGCGAGAGCGGCGAGGACCGGGACGCUGCGCGUGACGAGGAGGAGAUCUUCGGCAGCGAUGAUGACAGCGAGGAUGAUGAGGGUGGGCGAGCGAGGAGCAACAGCAGCAGCGUCCAGCACAGCGGCAGCGAGAGAGCGUCAGACUCCAGCGACGCCAGCGACAGCGAUUGAGACGCACAUUCACAUGGUUUCCUUUUAUCUGUUAGCAUUCAAAACUAAACUCUUUCUUGUAUUCUCUGUUGAAUCUCAUGAAACACAUGUCCAGGUCCCUUUUCAGCCAAAUGAAAUUAUGUUUUACUUGUGCAUUUCCUGGUCAUGAAGAUAAUCAGUGAUUUUGUGAUGAAAUAUGACCUGGACGUGUUUCAUGGCUGUGAUUGUGAGCAUCACACAUGUGUGUCCUGCCAUCUGUUUCACAUCGAUGAGAGAAAUGAACUGAAUGACACAGUUUUAUCCUGCUGUAGUUUUCAUUUGGUGUUUGAUGUUCCUGUUUUAUUUCUCUGGCUUUUCAUUAUGGAUGGAGACUGAGCAAAUCACUUAUUAGUGACUUUUUUUGUAGUUUUUCCUGUCAUUACAGUGUAAACAUUGUAAAUAAACAAUGAUUUUGUUA